GCGGCCGCCCUCCCUUGUUUCCGCUGCAUCCAGACUUCCUCCGGCGGUGGCUGGAGGCUGCGCAUCUGGGGCUUUAAACAUACAAAGGGACUGCCAGCCCCGGCGAGAACAGGCGGCGGCGGCGCGGGCAGGGGCGCGGGGGCCGGACCAUGCGCCGCUGAGCCGGGCAAAGCCGAGGCGACCGAGUCGAGCGGCCCCUUGGAGCGGCAGGCUGCGCGGCGGAGCAGGCGCCACCCAGGCGGCGACGCGGCCACACGCACCGAGCCAGCGACCCCCGGGCGACGCGCGGGGCCCGGGAGCGCAAUGACCGAGGCGCGAGCGGCCCGGGGCGCGCUUGCCGGCCCUCUGCGGGCGCUCUGCGUCCUGGGCUGCCUGUUGGGCCGCGCCGCCGCCGCGCCGUCGCCCAUCAUCAAGUUCCCUGGAGAUGUCGCCCCCAAAACGGACAAAGAGUUGGCUGUGCAAUACCUCAACACCUUCUACGGCUGCCCCAAGGAGAGCUGCAACCUGUUUGUGCUGAAGGACACGCUGAAGAAGAUGCAGAAGUUCUUCGGGCUACCCCAGACGGGUGACCUCGACCAGAGCACCAUCGAGACCAUGCGCAAGCCGCGCUGCGGCAACCCCGACGUGGCCAACUAUAACUUCUUCCCCCGCAAGCCCAAGUGGGAGAAAACCCAGAUCACAUACAGGAUCAUCGGCUACACACCUGAUCUGGACCCUGAGACGGUGGAUGAUGCCUUCGCUCGUGCCUUCCGAGUCUGGAGUGAUGUGACCCCACUACGGUUUUCUCGCAUCCAUGAUGGAGAGGCUGACAUCAUGAUCAACUUCGGCCGCUGGGAGCACGGAGAUGGGUACCCCUUUGAUGGCAAGGAUGGGCUCCUAGCUCACGCCUUCGCCCCGGGCCCUGGUGUUGGGGGAGACUCCCACUUUGAUGACGACGAGCUGUGGACCCUGGGAGAAGGGCAAGUGGUCCGUGUGAAGUAUGGCAACGCCGACGGGGAGUACUGCAAGUUCCCUUUCCUCUUCAACGGCAAGGAGUACACCAGCUGCACCGACACGGGCCGCAGCGACGGCUUCCUCUGGUGCUCCACCACCUACAACUUCGACAAGGACGGCAAAUACGGCUUCUGCCCCCAUGAAGCCCUGUUCACCAUGGGUGGCAACGCCGACGGACAGCCCUGCAAGUUCCCGUUCCGCUUCCAGGGCACAUCCUACGACAGCUGCACCACCGAGGGCCGCACCGACGGCUACCGCUGGUGUGGCACCACCGAGGACUACGACCGUGACAAGAAGUACGGCUUCUGCCCCGAGACCGCCAUGUCCACCGUUGGCGGGAACUCGGAAGGUGCCCCCUGUGUCUUCCCCUUCACCUUCCUGGGCAACAAGCAUGAGGGCUGCACCAGCGCCGGCCGCAGCGACGGGAAGAUGUGGUGCGCGACUACAGCCAACUACGAUGACGACCGAAAGUGGGGCUUCUGCCCUGACCAGGGGUACAGCCUGUUCUUGGUGGCAGCCCACGAGUUUGGCCAUGCGAUGGGGCUGGAGCACUCACAGGACCCUGGAGCCCUGAUGGCGCCCAUUUACACGUACACCAAGCACUUCCGCCUGUCCCAUGAUGACAUCAAGGGCAUUCAAGAGCUCUACGGGGGCUCCCCUGACACUGGCACCGGCCCCACCCCCACGCUGGGACCUGUCACUCCUGAGAUCUGCAAGCAGGACAUUGUCUUUGACGGCAUCUCUCAGAUCCGGGGGGAGAUCUUCUUCUUCAAGGACCGGUUCAUUUGGCGGACAGUGACGCCACGUGACAAGCCCACAGGGCCCCUGCUGGUGGCCACAUUCUGGCCUGAGCUCCCGGAAAAGAUCGAUGCUGUGUACGAGGCCCCACAGGAGGAGAAGGCUGUGUUCUUUGCAGGGAAUGAGUAUUGGGUCUACUCAGCCAGCACCCUGGAGCGAGGGUACCCCAAGCCGCUGACCAGCCUGGGGCUUCCCCCCGAUGUGCAACGAGUGGAUGCUGCCUUUAACUGGAGCAAGAACAAGAAGACAUACAUCUUUGCUGGAGACAAAUUCUGGAGAUACAAUGAGGUGAAGAAGAAGAUGGAUCCCGGCUUCCCCAAGCUCAUCGCGGACGCCUGGAACGCCAUCCCCGAUAAUCUGGACGCCGUGGUGGACCUGCAGGGUGGUGGUCACAGCUACUUCUUCAAAGGUGCCUACUACCUGAAGUUGGAGAACCAAAGUCUGAAGAGCGUGAAGUUCGGAAGCAUCAAAACCGACUGGCUGGGCUGCUGAGCUGGCCCCGCCUCCCACAGGCCCCGCCUCCCACAGGCCCCGCCUCUCCAUCGCCUUCUGCACACCGGGCCCUGCUCACCAGGGAAGGACCCGGAUGGGCCUGGCAGCCUUCAGCUCUGUUAACCGGCCUUCUCAUCUCCACCUGGUAAUUGAAGAAUCUGGAGAGUGGCUCUGCCCUGUGCCCAAGGAAAGGUGCUGAUUCGUACCCCUCCCAGGGGCCCCUUCCCCCUCCCUGUGCCAGCAGCCCUCCAGAGCCACCUGCAAAGAGAUGCUUUGAUACUCUCCCUGCAGCCCUGCCUUGGGCUGCCCUGGUGCUGCCACCCUUCAGGCUCUUCUCCCUCCACAACCUUCUAUGGCUUACAGCACCUUCGGAGCCAACAGAGACUGUCUCAAGAGGGCACUGGUGGCCCGACAGCCUGGCCUGGCACGGGGCAGUGGGAUAGGGGAGUGGCCCGAUGGCCACCCCAGACACCUGGCUUCUCACUGCCGCUGCCUUAGAACCUCCCCUAUGUUAGCAGUUCGCUUUGUAUGCACUUUGUUCUUUUCUUCUGAUCUUUGUUCUUUUCUUCUGAUCUUUUUUACUUUUCCACUUUGAAACUGCAUUUCCUGACCGAGGACUCAGGGCGUCCAAAGUCACUGCACGACGCCUCUCAGCCCACAUCGUGAAGGUUCCCUUGUUCACUCGAUUCAGUGUGUCCCCGCCCCGUCACUUCCUCCACUGGAUGGAGGAGAACCAAGCCAUGGCUCCCCGCUCGGCCCUCCCCUCCUCUCCCUUCAACAAUUCCCCAUGGGAAAUGUCAACAAGUAUGAAUAAAGUAUGCCACCAAUGGAGUGGCAGUGUU